AUGAUGUGGCUUCAGUCAUGGGCCCAUCUUGCCCUGUUGGCUGGCCUGGCCGCCGCCGUCACGCAGAUCACCGACGAUGAGAUGUCCUCUCUUCUCGAUGCCGGGGCGGUGGAUCUGGCAGACCGUUAUGCGCCCCUAUGGUUCUUUGGUCAGGCCCUGAACCAACCGCCGUGCUACCCAACCUGGGCUUUCGGCGGGUCGCCGACGACUGCGGACGUUUAUGAUGACGCCCACAAGACCCCAGCGGCGCCGCAGUGUGAGUAUCCCGACGUGGGGUGCAACUGCCGCAACCCCGGAGUGGCCAUCGGCAACCCGGGGCCUGCGUUCCCCGUGUACUAUACCUAUCAGCGCUGCAAUGCCACCGAGGUUCGCGUCGCGUACAACUUGUUCUAUGAGAAGGAUGGGGCGACGGUUGGCGCGAUUCAGACUGGUCAUGACUAUGACUGGGAACGCGUGAUCAUUGUCCAUUCGCGGGAUGGCAGCAACAGGUGGGCCCCAUCGCGCGCGCUGCUGUCGGCUCACAGCGGCUACCACGACCUGGCCUGGGGCGACAUCCAGAACACCCUCACCACGGACGAGAUCAAUGCCGGCGACGCGAAGGACCCGAAUGGUGUGCAGAACAACGACCAUCCCAAGGUGUACGUGUCGUGGUCGAAGCAUGCCAAUUUCGACACUCGCAAUACCGGCUGGAAUGACCCGGCCAGCCAGUCGCUGGACAAUGCGUUCCGCAGCCAAGACUGGUGGUACUUUGUUGACCCCCAAUACUAUAUUCGUGCCGACGACAGCACCGACGCUGGAAAGGCCCUGGGCGCCGCAGACUGGGGAAGUGCCACGAGUAACGCGCCAUCCGUGCAAUCGGGCAUUUGCAGUGCAUCGUAG